AUGUUUGUGUGGAAUAUUGUCAAUUGUCUCGUCCCUAUCGGUUGCGGGUUGAUGAAUGAAAAUUUUAUGCCUAAAACGCGUAAAUUAAUGGUCGGAUUAAUCCGGUUCUCGAAAAUGAGACUCGAGCCUCAAAUUAGCUCUUUGUCCGCAGAUGAGGGACUGGAUCUCAAGCCAGUGGCCACCAGUAUAUCGGCCACCACUUCAAGCAUUGGUUUGAUUGCAAGCAAUUCUAAGCAAAUCAAUAAUUUGGCCAUAAAUGAGAGUCAAAGUUCCAGUUCAUCGAGUGGUCAAUACCUACAUCACGGACCCGUCAAACUUCCCAUUAAAGUUACUAAUGUUUCAACAGCUCAUCAAUUGACUGACACUUUGCAUCAAAGCUCAAAGGCCUCUUCGUGCACUAAUCAUGCCUGUAUGGGCUCUAUUAUGGCACAAACAGUGCCUUCAAACAAUGGUCGAAACAACGAGGACAUAUUGGAUCAGGCUGUUGAGUUCUUGGAACAAUACUUUAUUCACCUUAAAAAGCCGAGCUCUUCAGAAUUGGCGCAAAGACUGGCAGAGAUAGCGACAGAAGUGGAGCGAACGGGCAGUUAUACGAUGUCGAGCGAGGAAUUGCAUUUCGGUGCGAAGACGGCGUGGCGUAACGCAUCAAGGUGCAUCGGACGCAUCCAAUGGAAUAAGCUGGAGAUACAGGACGCCAGACAUGUCCGCACCACUCAUGAUAUGUUCACCGCUCUCUGCAAACACAUCUCUUUGGCUACAAAUGAAGGCAAUCUUAGAUCAUUCAUUACGGUAUUUCCGCAAAAGAUUUUGGGCAGAGAUGACUAUAGAGUAUGGAAUACACAACUCAUUGGUUAUGCCGGUUAUCUUCAAGCGGACGGUAGUGUAAUCGGCGAUGCGGGCAGAGUUGAGUUCACUCGGAUCUGUCAAAGACUUGGAUGGAAAGGCAAGAACGGAAUGUUUGAUGUUUUGCCGAUUGUUGUGUCGGCGCCGGAAGAAGGGGCCAAAUAUUACGAGAUUCCCGAAGAGAUUAUACUUCGAGUUAAGAUACAACACCCGCACUAUCAAUGGUUUGAUGGGUUGGGUCUCGAGUGGUACGCUUUGCCCGCAGUUUCCGAAAUGAUGUUGGAUUGCGGAGGCCUUCAGUUCACUGGCUGUCCAUUCAAUGGCUGGUAUAUGGGCACAGAGAUCGGCGCCCGAGACUUCUGCGAUCCUCAACGUUAUAAUAUAACGGAGAAAAUGGCAAAACUCAUGGAUUUGGACGUUUCUAAUGCCUCCACUUUAUGGAAGGAUAAGGCAAUGCUUGAGAUGAAUAUUGCCGUCCUUUACAGCUAUCAAAAGGCUGGCGUCACUAUUGUUGACCACCACUCGGCCUCAGAAUCCUUUAUUAAACACAUGCAAACAGAAUAUAAGCAAAGGGGCGGAUGUCCUGCGGAUUGGGUUUGGAUUGUGCCGCCAAUUAGUGGCAGUCUUACGCCUGUCUUUCAUCAAGAAAUGCUUAAUUAUAAUCUGAGACCAAGUUUUGAAUAUCAAGAGAAGGCGUGGAGAACUCAUAAGUGGAUGUCGUCUUCAGUGAAACUAAAAUAUAGUUUUACUUCAGUCGCGAAGGCAGCCCUUUGGACGGUUAGGCUAAUGAACGGAGUUCUGUCCAAACGGAUCAGAGCCACAAUACUUUAUGCCACAGAAACGGGAAAAUCUGAAAGUUUUGCUCAAAAAUUAGGAAAAUUGAUGAAAAUGUCAUUUUCUGUGCAAAUCGUUUGUAUGGAAAACUACAACUUUGAGGAAUUAUUCAACGAAUCUCUGGUGUUGUUUGUGGUCAGCACUUUCGGUAAUGGAGAGGCGCCCGAUAAUGGAAAGGAAUUCUGGAAAAGCCUUUCGAAAUCAAAUCAAAACCAACAAAUGAAUGCAUUAAAAGAUGUGAAAUAUGGUGUGUUUGCGUUGGGAUCGACACAAUACCCGCAUUUCUGCGCUUUUGGCAAAAAGAUUGAUAAUUUUCUUCAGAGUUGUGGCGCAACGCAAGCGCUUCCCAUUGGUCUGGGAGACGAUCUCAGAGGUCAGGAACAGGCGUUCAACACUUGGGGACACCAAUGCUAUACCUCGUCGUGUGAAAAGUUUGACAUAAAUGUAGACAAAGACAUAUCGAUAACCAGUUUCGAUGAGAAGACAUACGACCACCAAAUGGUGAGAAUGACUGAAGUGUUUGCCGAGUAUAACGAACACCAAAUACACAACGAAUUGGCGAGAAUUCAUCGCAAGAAAAUCAUAUCGUGUAAAAUUGUGGCAAAAGUUAGACUUGAGGGCAAACAAUCGGAACGGCACACAAAUCUGGUACGACUGACGCCAACCAAUCUUGUGGCCAAAAAUCAGUUCAAUUACGAACCCGGAGACCAUUUGGCUAUAUUUCCAUCGAAUCCCAAAGAGAUUGUGAACACACUGUUAGGACAUCUGAACCGAGGCGGCUAUACUGACGCCGACUCUCCCAUACAAUUGCAACGUCUGGUCGACGGGAAAUGGGUGCCCGACUCCCGACUGCCCUCAUGUUCAUUAAGAGUUGCGUUCACACGAUAUCUCGACAUCAGUUCCCCUCCGACUCAACGAUUCUUGAAAUACUUGGCAGAUAUGGCUAACGAUAAUUGGGACACUUUUAGACUCAAAAAGUUGGCGGAUGAUAUCGACGACUACGAGAAGUGGAUACUGUAUAACAGCCCUAAUAUGGCUGAUGUACUCAAUGAGUUUCAUUCAGUACACGUCGACCCGGAGUUCCUGAUAUCGACGACUACGAGAAGUGGAUACUGUAUAACAGCCCUAAUAUGGCUGAUGUACUCAAUGAGUUUCAUUCAGUACACGUCGACCCGGAGUUCCUGUUGUCUGAAUUACCAUUACUUCAGCCCCGAUAUUACUCAUAUUCGUCAAGGGUUUUCCAGUGAGGCCUACUUCACGUCGAACGGAAUGGGACCAAAACGGUUUGGCAUUUGCAGCAGUUUUAUUAAUAGUUUCCCAAAUGUCGACAUUCCCUGCUAUUUGCGAAGCGCUCCGGCGUUCAGAUUACCCGACAAUAAGAAAGUGCCGAUUAUUAUGAUCGGCGCCGGCAGUGGUAUCGCUCCCUUCAGAGGCUUUUGGCUUCAAAGACAGGCAGACCUACAGAACGGAGAGGAGAGCGGAAAAAUGUUUCUGUUCUUCGGCUGUCGUAACUCACAGACGGACAGUAUAUACGGCACAGAUCUGGCAGAUAUGGCCAGGAAAGGGGUUCUUCACGAACUCUUCUACGCCUACUCUCAAGAAAAGGGUCACAAAAAGCAAUAUGUGCAAGAUCAAGUGUUCAAACAGAGAUCACUGCUCUAUUGGUUGAUUGUCAACGAAAAGGCACACAUCUAUGUCUGCGGCCAUUCAUUAAUGGCUGACGGCGUGAAGAAGUCGUUCGGCAAAGUGUUUGAAAACGCGGGCAAAAUGAACGAAACCGAAGCUCAAGAA